GUCCCAAACAGAGCCCAAACGUGUCAACCCCUUGCUCAUUUCAAAGCUGAGCCAGUGGCAACUCGCCCAACAAGAACGAGCCACAGAGAGAGAGCUCGUUCCUUAGAGAUUCGAGAAAAAAAAUUAAGGGAGAUCGGAUAAUGGUGGCACACGUGGGAGUCAUCUCUGCAGGUUGUCACUUCCCUUCUCGGCCUCGUAUUCCUCAAUUCUACUUCGCCAAACGCAGACCAUUAGCUAUGGCGGCACUGAGUGAUGAUCCUGUUCGAGAAUGGAUUCUAUCAGAGGGAAAGGCAACCAAAAUUACCAAAAUUAGUCCCGUUGGUGGUGGCUGCAUUAACCUAGCUAGUCGUUAUGAUACUGAUGCUGGCUCUUUCUUCGUGAAAACUAACAGGGGCAUUGGACCAUCAAUGUUUGAGGCUGAGGCUCUUGGUCUUAGUGCAAUGUAUGAUACAGGAACAAUCCGUGUACCAAAACCAUUGAAGGUUGGACCCUUGCCAACUGGUGGAUCAUACAUCAUUAUGGAAUUUAUAGAAUUUGGCGCAUCUAGAGGCACCCAGCCUAGUUUGGGGAGGAAGCUAGCCGAGAUGCAUAAAGCUGGGAAAUCAGAAAAGGGCUUUGGUUUUUAUGUCAAUAACACCAUUGGCAGUACACCACAGAUCAAUACCUGGUCCUCGGAUUGGAUUCAGUUCUAUGGAGAGCAUAGAUUGGGUUACCAGCUAAAGUUGGCGCUAGACCAAUAUGGAGAUUCUUCCAUUUAUGAAAAAGGGCAAAGAUUGAUAAAGAACAUGGCACCUCUCUUUGAGAAUGUUGUCAUAGAACCAUGCUUGCUACAUGGUGACUUAUGGAGUGGGAAUAUAAGUUCUGACAAGAAUGGCGAGCCUGUUAUCCUUGACCCUGCAUGUUACUAUGGUCAUCAUGAGGCCGAAUUUGGAAUGUCAUGGUGUGCUGGUUUUGGAGCCUCCUUUUACAGCUCA